UGGCAUUUAGGACGGGCCGCUGCCUGCUUGCUCUGCUUCCUGCUCCUAUUCCUGCUCUGCUCCCGCAGCCUCGCGCCGCACGCAGUCGCCCGGUCCCCCCGAGCCCCGGCUGGCUGAGCAGCGGACCCCCGCAGUGGGCACCAUGGCGCUGAUGCGACCCGCAGUCUUGGCCGCGACUCUGACGGCUCUGGCGCUGCUCGGAGUGGCGCCCGCGGCGCGGGUGCGGGCGGCCUCGGUGGGCUCCGGCCCCGUGGUGCGCUGCGAGCCUUGCGACGCGCGCGCUUUGGCCCAGUGCGCGCCCCCGCCUCCCGCGCCCGACUGCGCCGAGCUGGUGCGCGAGCCGGGCUGCGGCUGCUGCCUGACGUGCGCGCUGCUCGAGGGCCAGCCGUGCGGCAUCUACACCGAGCGCUGCGGAGCCGGCCUCCGCUGCCAUCCGCAGCCCGGCGAGCCGCGCCCGCUGCAGGCGCUGCUGGACGGCCGCGGAGUCUGCACCAACACCAGCGCCGCAGGCCGCCUGAGCGCCUAUCUGCUACCCGCGCCAGGAAACGGCAGCGACUCGGAGGAGGACGGCGGAGCGGGGACCGCGGGGAGCCCGGCGCUCCCGGGCACACACCGGGCCCCCGACCCCAAGCUGCACCCCGGCCACUCCAAGAUGGACGCCAUCAAGAAGGGGCACGCCAAAGACAGCCAGCGCCACAAGGCCGCCCACGAGGCCCAGAGCACGGACGCCCAGAACUUCUCCUCCGAGUCCGAGCGGGAGAGCGAGCACGGGCCCUGCCGCCGGGAGAUGGAGGACACGCUGAGCCAGCUGAAGUUCCUGAACUCGCUGAGUCCCCGGGGCGCGCACAUCCCCAACUGCGACCGGAAGGGCUUCUACAAGAAGAAACAGUGCCGCCCCUCCAAAGGCAGGAAGCGCGGCUUCUGCUGGUGCGUGGACAAGUACGGGCAGCCCCUCCCGGGCUACGGCACCAAGGGCAAAGGGGACGUGCACUGUGACAGUGCCGAGAGCAAGUGACGCGGCCAGUUCAGAGAGAGACGCCCGACCUGCCUGGGGCUCUACAUGGUGACCUUGCGCGGCCCCCCCGCCCUACAGCAGCCCACGAAACCGUGUGGUCUUCCUCGUUGCUUCCUCUGAACCCGCUUGCACACGCGCGUGCCUCGUGGCCGGGCCCCACGCCGCCUGGACCCCCUGCCAGCUGCCGUGGCCGGCCCUCGCCUCUCGCCUUAGCGUCCCCCCGCUGCUGCGGCCGCGCGCCUCCGGGACAGCAGCCCCCACUCGGCGUCCUCACACGUCUGGGUGCGCCCACUCGGAGCACAGCCCUGCGUCCCCCCGGUUCCCAGGGGGCCCGUCCUGCUGGGGGAAGAGUGGGUGCAACAGGGCGGGGCUGUCCUCGUCGCUUAAAAAUGACCAAGGGCGUCCUCGGGAGCUGGGGCACCUGCGGGGGUGGGUACGUCCGGCAGACCCCUGAGGACACGGCCUUUGCUGGUGGCCCCACGGGGCGGGGGACGGCGGGGGACGGCCGGGGGGGGGGGCGGCAAGCACCACCCUGCAUUUUCAGAGGUGCCCACUAGCAGCACGAGGCCUGAGAGGGGGACAGAAAAGGGUGUUCCCACUCGGAAAGUCCAGGCCGAGAUUCCUUUUGGGGAUGAGCUCCCUGGAGGCAGAGGGGUCUGUGUGCGCCCCUCCCCCUCCCGUCUGUCCUCCUCGGCUCCGAGCGGCUCCGGCAGCGGCUGCUGCGUCUGACGGACACGGAGGGCCGCGCGGAGCCGCCACGCCCCUCCUGGCCCUCGGAGAAGCGCCCUCGUGAGCUGUCACCGGCGUGGGCUCCGCGGUCCCGACAAAAUGGGACCCCAACGAGCCGCUGAGAAUCUCGGAUGAGAGCUGGUCACGGCCCAGGAGGUGCUGGGCGGGGCCUGGGGGGCUGGGGGCGCGCACAGCGCCCUCCUGUGGACAGAGGGGUCUCCAGACAUUCUGCCUACCUGUUAGCUUUCCUUUGUUUUUUCCAUCGUUCUCAGAAAAAAAGUAUUUUUGAAAAAUUUGUGUCACCAUGUAUUUAUAAUGGGUUAAUAAAGUUUUUACGGAGAA